AAAACGCGAUGAUCUGGUCUGGAGUGGCAGCAAAAUGCUGGAUGGACACCUUCUCCUGGGAUGGUUACCGUGCACGCUGAUAGUCCUCGUCGUGAGCGCGCCCGGACCCUCUGCUGCCUACUUCGGGCUGACGGGAAGCGAACCGCUGUCCAUCCUGCCCCUGAACGCUCUGCCCGAGCAGACCACUGGCCGUGCCCACUACAAGCUGUGUGACCGACUCAAACUGGAGAAGAAGCAGCGCAGGAUGUGCCGGCGCGACCCGGGCGUGGCCGAGACGCUGCGAGAGGCCAUCACCAUGAGCGCAAUGGAGUGCCAGUACCAGUUCCGCUUCGAGAGGUGGAACUGCACCUUGGAGGGGCGCCACCGAGCCAACAUCCUCAAGAGAGGAUUUAAAGAGACGGCCUUCCUGUAUGCCGUCUCCUCAGCCGGCCUGACUCACGCGAUGGCCAAGGCGUGCAGCGCCGGACGAAUGGAGCGCUGCACAUGUGACGAAGCUCCAGACCUGGAGAACAGGAAGGCGUGGCAGUGGGGCGGCUGUGGGGACAACCUGAAAUACGCCAACAAGUUUGUGAAAGAUUUCCUGGGAAAACGCUCCAACAAGGACCUGAGAGCGCGUGUGGACAUGCACAACACCAAUGUCGGGAUGAAGGUGAUCAAGGCGGGAGUGGAGACCACCUGUAAGUGUCACGGCGUGUCGGGCUCCUGCACGGUGCAGACCUGCUGGAGGCAGCUGCUCCCGUUCCACGAGAUUGGAAAGCAGCUGAAGCAGCGCUACGAGACCUCUCUGAAGGUCGGCAGCUCCACCAACGAGGCCACCGGCGAGGCCGACAUACCCAAGGGCCGCGGCCAGUCGCCCCCGCCGCCGCCGCCCGGCCCCGGGGACCACAUCCCCCGCACCAUGGACCUGCUUCACAUCGAGGACUCGCCCAGUUUCUGCAGACCCUCCAAGUACUCGGCGGGCACCGCUGCUCGCAAGUGCUACAAGGAUAAGAACUGCGACGCCAUCUGCUGUGGGCGGGGCCACAAUACGCAGAGCCGCGAGGUGACGCGGCCGUGUCAGUGCCAGGUCCGCUGGUGCUGCUACGUGGAGUGCAAGCAGUGCACCCAGAGGGAGGAGGUCUACACCUGCAAGGGGUGAGGCAGAGCUCCUACAGCUGGAGGAGGAAGAGGAGGAGGAGGAGGAGGAGGAGGCGGAGAUUUCUGCAGCGAGCACUUUGACGGAUUUCUGUGAGUUUCAGACGUCCUGCCGGAUUAAAAAAACUGAAAGAAAACCACAAUCUCAGACAACUGAACUUCUCAAGCCUUGAACCGCUGUGUGAGUGUCUGCGUGCGUGUGCGCGUGUGUGUGUGUGUGCGGAGCUCAUCCCAUGACAACGAAACCAGUUGGAGAGUCUGCGAGGACACUGAAGACAGACAUGGUGUAAGAUUUACACGCACAGACCGACACACAUGCGCAGUCUGUGUGUUUGUACAUACACUCACUGUUAUUGUUAUAUUAUAGAAGCCACUUAUGUACGUACGCUACAACGAACCACUAACCACACACACCUGAUGACGUCUGCGUGCUCCUGGGAAGCAGCGCAGCCGCCGUCCUCGUGCGCGCUCCGGACGGGCGCGGGACUUUCCUCCUCGGCAGGAGCACGUCGUCCCGAAGCCGAGCGCUGCGACGCCGUUCGCCUGGAGUGAAGCAGCUUUCAGGAGAAACUUCAACCACUACGUUCAGCUGGAGGCCGACGGAGCAGAGGUGGUGGCGCCUCCCCUCUGCUCCUCGAGGCCGCCUGCAUUUGGCUGCUGCACCGUGAGGCUCGCAGUUGGAAACAGAAACAAAAAUUUUAUCCGCUGGAGUCACAGACGAUUUAACACGACCGCCUGCAGCUGCACUGUGCGACAGCAGCCAAUCAGCUCGCAGGAAACUCACCUUCCCACCUGUGCCUGUGUGUGUAUGAGUGUGUGUGUGUGUGUGUGUGUGUGUGUGUGUGUGUGUGUGUGUGUGUGUGGAUGCGUGGGAACAUUAAGUCAUAUAUUGGUAAAUGAGGUGUCUGCCAUGUAUUUGUCGGACUGGUGUGAAAUGACUACUGAGUGAGGGGGCUUCGCGUGUCUGACGGCGCCGUUCAGCACUGAAGCUCAGACACCCUGUAAAGUAUUUAAUGAUCGAUAUUUAUGGAUCAGCUCAGUUUGAUGUAAAUAUGAAUGGUUUCUCAUUCUGUGGUAUAAAGACAAACGUGAGGCACAUGUUCACCUCUCACAAGCUCCUGAAGCACAAAGCGUGGCGGCCGCAGGGCCUGAGACCGUCUGGUGGGUCCUGGGUGGGUCUGAGCGGGUCUGAGUUGGUCCUGAGUGGAGCUCUAUGGGGUCCGAGUGGACCUGGGUGGAUCUGAAUGGGGACUGGGUGGGUCUAACUGGAUCUGAGAGGGUCCUGGAUCGGUCUGAGUGGGUCCUGAGUGGGUUUGAAUGGUCCUGGGUGGCUCCGACUGGGUCUGAGUGGGCCUGACUGGGUCUGAGUGGGUCCUGGGUGGGUCUUGAGUGGGUCCUGAGGGGGUAUGAGUCGUUCUGAGUGGGUCCUAAGUCGGUCUGACUGGGUCCGAGCGGAUCCUGAAUGGGUACUGAUUGAGCCUGAGUUGGUACUGAGUGGAUCUGGGUGGGUCUCAAUUGGGACUGAGUGGGUCUGACUUGGUCUGAGUGGGUCCUGAGUGGGUCCGGAGUGGGUCCUGAGCGGGUCCUCUCUGCUUCACACAUGAAUUUGAAGCAUUUUGAUGUGAGUUGAGGCACCAAAUAAAGAAACAACACUCACAACAUUUACCCAGAAAGUUUGCACGCUACAUGGAAACCAUAAUAACUAUGCUGCAGGAAUGCCUUCCUACCAUAACCACACACACACGCACACACACACACACACACACACACGCGACAGGAAUACCGACGGCGCUCGGAGCAUUCUUGGGGUUUCUUGUUCGGACGCAGGCCUGCGGAGACGUGGUGAGGAAGAGGAGGCUGCCGGCGAAGAGCAGCGGGACUCCUCAGUAAACUGAAAUUCUAUUUUGUAGAAAAAAGUAAUUAAAUUAUUUUUCCAUGUGAAGACGUUCCGAGUGGAAAGUGAUUCCCUUUUCUCCGUUUGUUUUUCUCGCUUGGUGUUUUUGAGCUAAAACUUUUCACACAUUUCUUGGUUCUAAAAACACCAAGCGGGCAGAAAGCCACAAUAACCACACGUACGUGCGCACGCUGAGGUGUGUUCGUGUGUCCAGCCCCGCUCCUUGUUUGUUUGUUUGUUUGUUUGUUUGAACCGAUGACUCACAGCAGUGUGUGAUGACCUUUGACCUUUCAUGUCUUAUGGGAACUGUAAGUUAUUUUCCUCUACCUCAUGUGUACAGCUUGUAGGUAUAAACAGAUCAUAAAUGACUGGUAAGAAUGUAUUUAAGUUAUUUAACUUCUUUGUAUAACAAAGGCAGAAAAAAAAAU